AUGCGGGCCCUUAUUCGCCUCCCAAUCUCCCCUUUCCCCAUCCCGUACUCCCCUGUCCCCAUCCCGUUCUCCCCUUUCCCCAUCCCGUUCUCCCCUUUCCGCAUCCCGUUCUCCCCUUUUCGCAUCCCGUUCUCCCCUUUCCGCAUCCCGUUCUCCCCUUUCCGCAUCCUGUUCUCCCCUUUCCCCAUCCCGUUCUCCCCUUUCCGCAUCCCGUUCUCCCCUUUCCGCAUCCCGUUCUCCCCUUUCCGCAUCCCGUUCUCCCCUUUCCGCAUCCCGUUCUCCCCUUUCCGCAUCCCGUUCUCCCCUUUCCGCAUCCCGUUCUCCCCUUUCCGCAUCCCGUUCUCCCCUUUCCCCAUCCCGUUCUCCCCUUUCCGCAUCCCGUUCUCCCCUUUCCGCAUCCCGUUCUCCCCUUUCCCCAUCCUGUUCUCCCCUUUCCCCAUCCCGUUCUCCCCUUUCCGCAUCCCGUUCUCCCCUUUCCGCAUCCCGUUCUCCCCUUUCCCCAUCCCUUCCCUCGUUUCCCUCUGCCCAUCCAUGCACACCCCUCUCCCCAUCCCUGCAUCCCCCUCUCCCCAUCCCUGCAUCCCCCUCUCCCCAUCCCUGCAUCCCCCUCUCCCCAUCCCUGCAUCCCCCUCUCCCCAUCCCUGCAUCCCCCUCUCCCCAUCCCUGCAUCCCCCUCUCCCCAUCCCUGCAUCCCCCUCUCCCCGUCUCUGCAUCCCCUUCUCCCCGUCCCUGCAUCCCCUUCUCCCCGUCCCUGCAUCCCCUUCUCCCCAUCCCUGCAUCCCCCUCUCCCCAUCCCUGCAUCCCCCUCUCCCCGUCCCUGCAUCCACAUCUCCGCCUCUCAUUCUCCCAUUCUCUCCCUUUCCUCCCUUCACUCCCUCCCCUCCCUUUUUUCCCAUCCAUGGUCUCUUCCUGCAGUCCCUUCCGUCCCCUCCCUCCCUUUCCUCCCUUCCCUCCCUUCCCUCUCUUACCUCCCCGCGAUUUCCCUUCUCUCCCGUCCUGCCGUUGUCUCCCUUCCCUCCCUUCUCUCCCUUCUCUCCCUGCCCUCCCUUCUCUCCCUUCUCUCCCUUCCCUCCCUUCUCUCCCUUCCCUCCCGUCUCUCCCUUCCCUCCCUUUUCUCCCUUCCCUCCCUUCUUCGGUUUCCCUCCCUUCUCUCCCUUCCCGCCAUUUUCUCCCUUCCCUCCCUCCUCUCCUUUCUCUCCCUGCAUCUCCCUUCCCUCCCUGCCUCCCAAUCCCCCUUCUUGCCUCCCAAUCCCCCUUCUUGCCAGCCAAUCCCCCUUCUGGCCUCCCAAUCCCCCUUCUUGCCUCCCAAUCCCCCUUCUGGCCUCCCAAUCCCCCUUCUUGCCUCCCAAUCCCCCUUCUUGCCUCCCAAUCCCCCUUCUGGCCUCCCAAUCCCCCUUCUUGCCUCCCAAUCCCCCUUCUGGCCUCCCAAUCCCCCUUCUUGCCUCCCAAUCCCCCUUCUUGCCUCCCAAUCCCCCUUCUUGCCUCCCAAUCCCCCUUCUUGCCAGCCAAUCCCCCUUCUUGCCUCCCAAUCCCCCUUCUUGCCUCCCAAUCCCCCUUCUUGCCAGCCAAUCCCCCUUCUGGCCUCCCAAUCCCCCUUCUUGCCUCCCAAUCCCCCUUCUUGCCUCCCAAUCCCCCUUCUGGCCUCCCAAUCCCCCUUCUUGCCUCCCAAUCCCCCUUCUUGCCAGCCAAUCCCCCUUCUUGCCUCCCAAUCCCCCUUCUUGCCUCCCAAUCCCCCUUCUUGCCUCCCAAUCUCCCUUCUUGCCUCCCAAUCCCCCUUCUUGCCUCCCAAUCCCCCUUCUUGCCUCCCAAUCUCCCUUCUUGCCUCCCAAUCCCCCUUCUUGCCUCCCAAUCUCCCCUACCCGUCGUCUAUUCCCUCCUUCCAUCCCCAUCCUUCCCCUUCCACCCUCCCUCCGUCUAACACCUUCUCCUUCCAUCUUCCUUCCUACCCGCAUCUCCCCUUUUCCCCCGUCCGUCCCAUGCUUCCCCCUUCCGCCCCAUCCCUGCCCCGUCCCCUUCGUUCCUGAUUCGUGUCGAGAGUCGUCACAUGAUACUCCAACCAUUCCCCAAUCACCCACUUUUCCCCCCGUUCUUCCCAUUCCUUCCCUGCCCCCUUCUUUCGCCUCGACAUCCCUCCUUACCUCCCUUCCCUCCCUUCCCUGCCUUCUCUCCCUUCCCUCCCUUCCCUGCCUUCUCUCCCUUCCCUCCCUUCCCUGCCUUCUCUCCCUUCCCUCCUUUCAUCCUUCCCUUACCGUCCAUCCCUCCCAUCCCUCCCUUAUCUUUCUUCCCUGCCUUCCGUCCCUUCCCUCCCUUCCCUCGAAUCCCUCCCAUCCCUCCCUUCGCUCCCUUAUCUCUCUUCCCUACCAUCCCUCCCUCCAUCCCUUCCCCUUUUUUUCCAUACCUUCCCUUUCAUGCCUCCCAUCACCUCUCCCUGCCGUCCCAUCUCCCCGUCAUGCCUCCCACCAUCUCCAUUCUCGUACAGCCCCAUCUAAUGUCAUCACUUCACCUCUUCUCCCAUCGUUGCCACCCCUCCGUCCCUUUUUCAAAUCUUCUCCCACCGUGUCACUCGCUACGUCCGCCCACACACUCUUCCUGCCAUUCUCACCCAUUCCCGUGCAUGUGCUGCCAUCACUUUUGCCCCAGAAAUGCCUCUAA